UCAGGGUUUCAGUGCGUGAGUGGCGGUGAGACGGGAAGGGUGUAGCUCUAGUCACCUCUGCCCCGUGCUGAGUGAGGCUGUCUGCUGGCACGGAUAAACCACACUACCUAACAUCUUUUACCAAGCCACAGACACGCUCCGCUAAUGAACCAAGCGCCAAAGUACGUGUAAACUUGUCCCUCCACCACACCGCCUAGAAAAUAUACACUCAGUAAGGUGUAUUGGAGUGUACACGUGUAAUUAUACCCACGCCAAGAAGUGGAAGCAGUAUACCUCCACUUUAGCAUUAGUUAGUGGUGGAAAUAGCAGUGGUGGAGGUGGUGGAGGCGUGACAGGUGGAAAGUGGUGGAGGAUACUUGGAUAAUGUGGUACAGGUGUGUGGCUGUGGUGGUGGUGGCGGCGGUGGUGUGGUGUGGAGGUGUGGUGGGUGCGGAGGGAGUGGUGGAGAAUGAUCCUAUAGGCUGCGGUCCUGCGGUGGAGUUACUGGUGGAGAAGAGAGUGGUGGGGGAGAGUCACCUGUCAAGACUACCCGGUGGAGAUGGCGGCAAUAGCACAGGGUCUGAGGUGUGUGGGGGCGGCGCCUGCUGCGUGCCUGAGGUAACGAAUGCCCUGCUGGCGGCGGGCAAGCGCUCCCUAAGAAAGGUGGUGAGCUCCACGGCCGACAAACUGCUGAAGGAACUCACGACACAGCGGCACCGUUUCAGCAGCGCGGUGGAGGAAGCCCUGACCGGCAGUGAAAAUCGCACAGAGAAGGUGCUGAAGACUAGGUAUCCAAGAGUGGCGGAGGAGGCGCGGCCUCUGCUGCAGCAACUAUACGCGGGCCUGAGGGCGGGGCUGACGGAGACGGAUGAACGGGUAGUGAAGCAGAGCCUCGCGACUUUCUGGGAUGACCUGUUCCCCCCCGUGUACCACAGCGUGCUGCACUCCCUUCCGCUGCCCUUCACCGAGCGGUACAGCCAGUGCCUGAAGGAGGCGCGCCGCGUGGUGAGGCCUUGGGGCCCCAUCCCCACCCUCGUGGGCGAGCCGCUGUUGCGUGGCAUAAACUCAGCCAGGCUGCUGCUGCACGCCCUGGACACUGGCGCCCAUGUGCUGCUCUCAGCCCGCAAUCUGUCCGUGAGCCCUGAGUGCAGCGAGGCGGUGGCACGCAUGGAGCUGUGCGGCGCAUGUCACGGGGCAGUGGUGCCGCCCUGCUCCGGCAUGUGUCUCAACGUGGCGCGGGGCUGCCUCGCGGCGCUGGCUGAGGUGCAAGACGGGUGGCAGGACCUGAGCGGCAGCGUGAUGCGCGUGAAGGAGUCUUUGCACGUGGUGCGGAUCGCCCACCUGCUGCACCAGCUGCCUGACAAGGUGUCCGAGGCCAUCAUGCUGGCCAUGGAGCACGGGCCGCGUCUGCUGAAGAAGGUGCGAAAGAACUGCAGCAGCCCAAUGUACGUGGAACAAGAAGGAGAGGAACAAACGCAACACGCGGCUCUUCCUGCAGAGGCGGACGCUGAGAGACAGGAGCAGGAAGAAAACUUGACUGAGGAGCUGGAGCGGGAAGAACGUGCCAGCAGACGCAUACUGGAGAGCGUGACGGGGGCUGCAGGUGCGGUGGAUGCAGCACGGUUCUGGUGGACGACGCUGCCAGAGACCCACUGUAAAAACUUGCACGCCCACGACAAGAACUGCUGGAAUGGUGUGCGCGUGGCUCAGUACACCAAGACCGCUGCAGGUGUUGGAAUCCACGCCCAAAAGUACAACCCAGAGGUCCGACUUGAAAAGCCCGACACCUCUGUUUACUCUCUCAUCGAGGAGCUAAGGGCCGUCCGUAGGCUGGUGGUGACAUCACUCACGUGGCUGCUCAAGUCAGACUCCCGCCGCAGCCACUACAAUCAGAUGGACGGCUCGGGGUCAGGCGUGGACAUACCUGGGAUGGAGAUGUCAGCUGAGUCCCACAACAGAGGUGGCAGUCCCAGUUAUGAUGAUGAGUACGAGUAUUAUCAGAGUUACUACGAUGAAGGUUCCUCAGGCUACGGGUCAGGAGACCAGAUCCACGAGUCACCUGUGUCUGAAGGAGUUCCUGUCCCAGCCCAUGAGACGACUGCCUCUUCAGGACAGCUAAGAGCCAGCUUACUGAUGGUUAUGCUGAUGGCUGUAGUCGGCGCUGCUCUCCAACGCUAGAGCUGAUCCACCAUCCUCCCAUACCCACAUCUCCCUACCCAGCAGAAGCAGUGCACACCUCUCUCUCUCUCUCUCUCUCUCUCUCUCUCUCUCUCUCUCUCUCUCACACACACACACACACACACACACACACACACACACACACACACACACACACACACACACACACACACACACACACACACACACACACACACACUCUAACAACUCCUUGCUAUUUAAUGUUAUCCCUUUUUAUACAAUUUACAUGAGUUUCCCCAUAGUAUAUGACCAAGGAACACCCCCUCCUGGAACAUUCCAAUUCUUAUCACCACUUAGAAAAUACGUUCCCGGUGGACGUCUCUCUUUGGUCGCAGUUUAAGAAAGUUUAACGAUAAAAUGAAAAAAAAUAUGUGUAUAUAAAUGUAGACCCUAGAUGCAUCGUACCAAAUGACAGCACACACAGUCAUUUAUGGUACACUUAGACACACACACACACACACACACACACACACACACACACACACACACACACAUACACACACACACACACACACACACACUUCACAGCUCAGCACACCCACCCAGCA